AUGACCCACCAAACUCACUCCUACCACAUAGUAAACCCAAGCCCUUGACCCCUUACAGGAGCUCUCUCAGCAUUUCUUAUAGCCUCAGGUCUAACCAUAUGAUUCCAUUUCAACUCAGUAGCCCUGCUAGUCCUAAGCCUAUUAACAAACGCCCUAACAAUAUACCAAUGGUGACGAGAUAUCAUUCGAGAAAGCACUUUCCAAGGACACCACACACCAACCGUUCAAAAAGGACUUCGAUAUGGCAUAAUCUUAUUCAUCUUAUCAGAAGUUCUAUUUUUCACAGGCUUUUUCUGAGCCUUUUACCACUCAAGCCUCGCCCCUACCCCUGAACUAGGUGGUUCCUGACCACCAACAGGCAUCCAUCCUUUAAAUCCACUAGAAGUCCCGCUCCUCAAUACCUCUGUAUUAUUAGCCUCCGGCGUAUCUAUUACUUGAGCCCACCAUAGCCUCAUAGAAGGCAGUCGUAAACACACACUCCAAGCCCUUCUCAUCACAAUCAUACUCGGCCUCUAUUUCACCCUACUUCAAGCAUCAGAAUAUUACGAAGCCCCAUUCACAAUCUCAGAUGGAAUCUAUGGAUCUACAUUCUUUGUAGCCACAGGCUUCCAUGGAUUACAUGUCAUCAUCGGAUCUACUUUCCUCAUUGUCUGUUUCAUGCGUCAAUUAAUAUUCCACUUCACAUCAAACCACCACUUCGGCUUCGAAGCCGCUGCUUGAUACUGACACUUCGUAGACGUUGUAUGACUAUUCCUCUAUGUCUCCAUCUAUUGAUGAGGUUCAUA